AUGCAUUUUGUGCCUUUGUUCUCCACAGCCCCGACAGAAGCUCCCUUACAUCCUCACCUAGCCGAAAUCCAUAGUGACAGCAUUAUCCUACGAGAUGAUUUUGACUCUUACCAUCAGGAAGAACUGAGUCCUACCAUGUGGUCUGAAUGUAGUAACUGCGAGGUUGGAGAGCAGUGCGGUGCAAUCAUGCACGGCAACGCCGUCACUUUCUGCGAGCCAUAUGGUCCCAGAGAGCUGACCACCACUGGCCUUAACACAACUACUGCAUCCGUCCUUCAGUUUUCCCUUGGAUCAGGUUCAUGUCGCUUUAGUUACUCAGAUCCCAGCAUCACCGUGUCCUACAGUAAGAACAGUUCUGCAGAUUGGACUCAGCUGGAGAAAAUUAGCGCUCCUUCUAAUGUCAGUACAAUCAUCCACAUCUUGUACCUUCCCGAAGAUGCUAAAGGGGAGAACAUCCAUUUUCAGUGGAAGCAGGAUUAUGUUCAUGCUGGUGAUGUGUAUGAAGCCUGUUGGGCACUGGACAACAUCCUGAUCAUAAAUGCUGCUCACAGAAAAGUUGUGUUAGAAGACAACCUUGAUCCUGUGGAUACUGGCAACUGGCUUUUCUUUCCUGGGGCCACAGUUAAGCAUAGCUGCCAGUCGGAAGGAAACUCCAUCUACUUCCACGGGACUGAAGGCAGUGAGUUCAAUUUUGCCACAACCCGGGAUGUGGACCUUUCCACGGAGGAUGCCCAGGAGCAGUGGGCAGAAGAGUUCGAGAGCCAGCCUAAAGG